AUGAACUUGAAGGGAAGAUGUGGGCGUUCAAUUGGGUUCUCAAGGGCAGCAGCAUCCACACCAGACUGUGACUCAGUUCAUGGUGUUGUAGGCGGAGACACUUGCUCUGCUAUUGCACAGGAGUUUAGCCUGAGUACUGAAGACUUCAAUGCAAUCAACCCCAAUCUCGACUGUGACAAUCUCUUUGUGGAGAAAGCAAAGACAAGUGGUGGGUGCAAGUAUAGGUCUUUAGCUAGGAACACCAACACGUACUCUAGAUGCAACUUACCAGCUCAAACUACAACCCAUUCGAAGUGGCGAAUCGUUUUAAACAUUACGACAAUUAGCUCAAAAGUUGGGUUCUCAAGGGCAGCCGCAUCCACACCAGACUGUGACUCAGUUCAUGGUGUUGUAGGCGGAGACACUUGCUCUGCUAUUGCACAGGAGUUUAGCCUGAGUACUGAAGACUUCAAUGCAAUCAACCCCAAUCUCGACUGUGACAAUCUCUUUGUGGUUGGAUUCUCAAGGUCAGCAGCAUCCACACCAGAAUGUGACUCAGUUCAUGGUGUUGUAAGUGAAGAAACUUGCUCUGCUAUUGCACAGGAGUUUAGCCUGAGUACUGAAGACUUCAAUGCAAUCAACCCCAAUCUCGACUGUGACAAUCUCUUUGUGGGUCAAUGGCUUUGCGUUGCAGGCACAUCAAAAUAA